ACUUUUACAGCACUAUUACGAAUUUGUGCUCCUCUAGUAAACAAACAAAAAUAUUUCGUUUAUUAUGGAUUCAAAUGUUAAUAAAUUUAAAAUGUCGGUACUAUCAAUAGAAAAUGUAAAAGAGCAUUGUCGAACUUGCUUGAAAAAAUUGAAAAGAGAGAAUAUUAGUUGUUUAAUAAAUUUAGAGGAGGAAGAAGAACUUUCCGAGUACAAAGAUUUUUGUAUUAGCAUUGUAGGCAUUGAAUUAAUACAACAAUUUAUAACUUCAUGUAUGGAAGGACAGUGGAUUAAUGAAGAAGCGAAACCGAUGUCUCAAAAAUAUCCUCAAUAUAUGUGUAUGUGUUGCUAUAAGAAAUUACAAGGCGUUUGGUCAUUCAAAAAACAAGUGAGAAAUAGUACGCAGAGAUUGCAAGAGUUAAUUUGCUUAGGUGCAGCUAAAGUUGAAAUUGUUGAAGAUGAAAAACACCACGAAUUUGAGGAUAAUUCCGGUGUACAACAAACCACAACAGAUAUCUUCAAUUUGUUGCUUAAAGAUACUCUUAUGGAAACCGAAUCUGUUAUGAUUAAUACAAUGAGUGAUGUAGCAACAAUUAGCAAAGCAUUACCUGACCCAGAUCCAUUCGGUAAUGGUACUGCGAUAGAUAUUGCAAAAAAGGAAAAUUUGAGCGAUGAUAAGUACGAAAGCAAUAAUGAAGAAUGGCAUGGUUUUAACGAGGAAAAUUCCAACGAAGGAGAAUAUAAACGAAAUAUAGAUCAAGACAAAGGAAACUUAAAAAAUAUUUUUAAAUCAUCGACUGCAGUGGAAGAUAAGGCUCAGUACAAGAAACACCGAGAUUGUAAUUUGGAAAUAAAAAAGUAUCCUACCCGUUCUCGUAGAAAACGUGCUCUACCCAUUGAAAAUAUCAAUACUGCUAAUACAACUGACAAUAAAAUAAAGAGUACAAAAGUGGGAAAUGUUGAUGGGCGCAUUCAAUUGGGUCUAAGCAAAUUGGAUAGUACGACGAAGCGUCGUAACAAAGGCACUAAAAACAGUUUCAAAUGCGAGCAAUGCAGUCACAGCUUUGCACACAAAAUAACACUGGAUGCUCAUAUACGCAAAGUACACGAAGGAAGCAAACGUCCAUUUCAAUGCGAUCGUUGCGAAAAAUCGUAUACUUUUAUUGGAGGUCUUUAUACUCAUAUCAAGGAAAUACAUGAUGCUGAAGUUAGAUCGUAUGCUUGUGACAUUUCCGGAUGUGAGCGUAUGUAUACCAGUUUCAUUGCAAUGCAAAAGCAUAAACGUUUAAAACACUCCGAUACGUCGUGUAUAACCAAGUACGUGUGUGAACAAUGUGGUGCGACCUUUAAUCAAUCGGGUAAUCUUAAAUAUCAUCGGCGUGCAAAACAUCCUACGGAAGCAGAAAAAGCUGAAAAGGAGCAGCUGAAAGAGCGUUUUGAAUGUAAUGUUUGCAACAAGCUGUUUUAUUCACGUUACACACUGAAAUAUCAUACCCUGCAACUGCACACAAACGAAACAAAAUAUGAAUGUAAAAUUUGCGGUCGACGAAUGGCUAAGAAAUUUAUGCUUGUCCAACAUAUGCUAGUUCAUUCUAAUGACAAAAUGCCUUGCGAACACUGUGGCAGGCAAUUUAUACGGAAAUUUGAACUGGAGGCCCAUGUUAAAGCAGUGCAUAUGAAAUUGAAGCCUUUCGAAUGUCAGUAUUGUUCAGAAUGUUUUGCUUCGAGGAAAACGCUACGCCAUCAUGAAUAUAUACAUACAGGAGAGAAACCUUAUGUUUGUGAUGUCUGUGGGCAAGCAUAUCGACAACAGACAUGUUUAAAAAACCAUCGAAAAUCACACGAAAAAUUGGUUGCGGAAAUAAAAACAAUUAAUGCUAAUCAGGAAUUACUGAAUUAAUUUCUGGUACCAAAGGCUCUUGCAACUGCACACAGCUCUGAGUUGGAGCUGAAAAAUUUAUAUGGAAUAUACCAAUUCUCACGACCAAGUACAAACAGCUGAUUGUUGUUAUUACAUUUGACCGUAUGCUCGCAUGUUCCAAUUGGUGCGAACGAACGAAAAUUACUAAUGAUGCCGUUGUGCGAACGAAUGAUAUAUAUUUCGGUCUGACAAAGUUACUAAAGCUUGGAUAUUUUUUAAUAUAAAAUAAAAAUUAAUAGAACGUAAUUGUUCUUAACUUGUAAAAAUUAAUUUAGCUCGCUACCUUUGUUUUUAAUAUUAGUUAUAGAAAUUUUAAUAAAAAUGUUUAGAAUUCUUUGCAUAUGUUAACACUCGUAAUGCCUAACCUUGUUGUACUUAUGUAUAUUACUUUAAAACAAACAAGCGCAAUUAUUGUUAUUGCAAAAUUCCUCUACAGUAGGUAAAUCGUGUGUAUUUAACUGAUUAGCAAAAAUGUCUAUAAAAGAUGAAACGUUUAUUCCUUGCGAUGAAAGGAAUGUUGAGAUUAAGGCUAGAGUUGGCAGUGAUGAAGAAUUUGAACGUCGAGUUCAAGUAGCGCGCGAACUGACGAAAUCAACCGGCGAAUUGCUGGUGCAGAAGGAUGUGUUCUUCAAUAUUUUGGAUGAUAGUAAAGGUGGUAGAUUUAAACUACGCUACCUACAGCCACCUACGCCUUCACAACUUAUAUAUUAUGUACGACCCAACAAGACCGGCCCAAAACUUUCAACAUUUAACAGAAUAGAUGUAGAUGAUCCCGCAUUGCUGGAAAAGAUUUUGGCCCAAAGUAAUGGAGUGAAAGGAACUUUGGAAAAAGAGAGAUACUUAUUUCUACAUGACCAAACUCGUAUACAUAUGGAUAAAGUGAAGCAUUUGGGAAAUUUCAUGGAAUUUGAAGUAUGCCUUCGACCGGAUCAGACAGUCGAAGAGGGACAACAAAUAGCUGAUGAAUUGAUGAAGGUGUUUAAUAUUCACGAUGAAGAUUUGAUGACUGGUGCAUACUUUGAUGAACUUAAUUAGAUGGAAAUAUAAAAUAUAGCAUGUAUUUGAAAUAUACUUGUCAUUUAUUUGUUUUAUGUUA